GUUUUGAAGUUACUCCUAUUACCUAUUAUUUAGGUACAAUUAUAAUUUAGACAGAUACGAAAAUGUGGGUAAUUGUUUACAGUUUUUACGUACCUAUCAUGCAAACAACCCUUGUUAUGCAGAGGAAGACGUCUUAAGUAUUUAUCUAGUAAACCAUGUCAGCCGACCAAGUGUUUCACGCGAGAUCCGAGGGUAUUCCCUCCGAGGGAGUGAAGGACCAGUACGCGGACGGCAAGGCGGCCAGGACCUGGAACAAGUUCAUCGGAGACAGCAACCAGAGGACCCAGAACUACAAGGACUUCUUGAUCGGACUGUUAAAGAAGAAUGGCUGCAAGACUGUGCUGGAUACCGCCUGCGGGACUGGGAUUGACUCUAUGAUGUUGGUGAACGAAGGCUUCAAGCUGGUGUCAGUGGACGCGUCAGACAAGAUGUUGAAACACGCCCUCAAGGCUCGCUGGGAGAAGAGAAAAGACUCCAAAUACGACGAAUGGAUCAUUGAAGAAGCGAACUGGGAGACUUUAUCACGUGACAUCGAGUCCUUCUUGCCGGGAACUCAGUUCGACGCCGUGAUCUGCCUCGGAAACUCAUUUGCCCAUCUUCUGGACGAGUAUGGAGACCAGAGAGUACAGAAGAUGUGCCUCAGGAACUUCGCCAAGUGUCUGAAGCCCGGCGGUCUGUUGUUCAUUGACCACAGGAACUACGACGCCAUGAUUGACAGCGGAGCAACUCCCGGACAUUCUAUUUAUUACAACUGCAGAUAUCCAGUAGACAUUAAGACCUCCGUGUUGGUAGUGGGCGGCAAGCCGCAACUCGUCGCAUUGGACUACUGCAUAACAGAUGAAGCAAACAAGGAGACAAGUGAAUUCCGUCUCUGCUACUACCCCCACAAACUGGCUAAGUUCACGGAAAUGUUAGAUGAAGCGUUCGAUAACAGUGCCAAACACCACAUUUAUGCCGACUUCAAGCCACUGAGUGAGGUCCCCGUACCCGGCUUCUACAUACACGUUUUAGAAAAAGCAAGAAACUGAUAAUACAAUUGUUAUUUUUAGCUAUCACGUACCUACAUUGGUCUCAAACGAAGUAAAAUAUUUUUGACAGACAGGGUUAAAGGACUUAAUGUGAGCUCAAGGUCCUAUAGACUAUGGUUUUGUUUGAUGUAGUAAUUUUACUAAUGUUUAGUAACUAAUGUGAACAGGAAAAUAGUAACAUUUUGUUUCGUUCUAUGCGGUGAAGUCAACCAUUCCUGUUUUGCUUGACGAGUCUUCUUUUAUCCUUGAUAACGAGUCAUAAACUGAAUAAAGGACCAAUUUUUUUACUUGACAAUUAUUGCCAAAGUAAAAAUAGAAGAUACAAGUAGGUAAUAGAAUAUUAUUUGAAAAAAAAUGCAAUUCCUGUAAUGGAAUUCAACCAUUUUUUAGUUUCACUAGUAAUCUAUUAACUUAUUAAUUCGUUAAAAUACCAAUUAUACUCUCUCUAUAAUGAAUUAGAAGAUUAUCUACAUUUUUACUGUUGUCGGUGUGAACAGGUGCUAAGGCACCUAUAAAUUAAAUAUUUAUUGUUCUGAAAAUUGUACUCAACCAAUGUAUGCAAUAAAACACUGUUUAAUGUAAUGUAAUAAAAUAGAAUUUUAAAUUAUAAUUUGUUAUUGAAUAAAACUGUUAUUUGUUUUU